CCGAAAGAGGCCCAUUAUCUUUUAUGAGUUUUAUACUAUAUACUCAAAACUCAAAAGAAAAGACCAUCCCACGUCAUACACUCAACAAAACCAACCUCUUCCCCAACAACACCCCAAGCCGAGUCCUGUAGAACUAGCAAGAACGUGACGACCUCUUGAAAUCUUUCCUUUUUCUUCUUCAAUCUGAAGAUUCACUCUUCUUCCCAAAUCUUUUUAACCCAACCAUGUAAAAAGAUUCGAUCUUUACCCCUAAGAAACUAUGAAGAAGCAUCUCAGCAGCAGUAAUUCCCCAUUCCUGUGCUUCUUCUUCCUCUUCUUCUUCACAGUGAUUUUAACUUCGGAAUCUUUAGCCCUCAGUUCCGACGGUCUCUCCCUCUUGGCUCUGAAAUCCGCCAUUUCCGGCGACCCAACUCAGCUCCUGGCCAACUGGUCCGAGUCUGACUCGUCCCCUUGCCGGUGGGCCGGAAUCACAUGCGACCGCACCCACAGAGUCACCUCUGUUUCUUUAUCCAACGCCAACCUCUCCGGCUACAUUCCGUCGGAGCUCGGAGCUCUCUCUUCUCUCUCGUCUCUUUCCCUCUCCCACAACUCCUUCUGUGGGCCCUUGCCGCCGCAGAUCACUGCCCUCACUCACAUCACCCACCUCGACCUUUCUUCCAAUCUCCUCAACGGGUCUCUCCCGCCGGAGCUCAACAGCCUCUCCAACCUCGCCGGGACUCUGAAUCUGUCUUACAACAGGUUUUCCGGCGAGAUUCCGGCGUCCUACGGACUGUUCCCUGUGAUUUUGAGCCUGGACCUCCGGCAUAACAAUCUGACAGGAAAGAUUCCCCCUGUGGGGUCACUGUUGAACCAGGGGCCCACCGCGUUUUCCGAGAACCCGUUCCUCUGCGGGUUCCCGUUGCAUAACCCGUGCCAGGAACCGGAAGCCCAAAACCCUAGGGGCUCGCCGGACCCGGGAAAUCCCCGGAAUCCUGGUGUUUUACCAGUUGGGGUCAGAGAUAGAAGCAAAUCUAGGUAUGGGUUCGCGGCGGUUUCUUUGAUUUCCGGCGUUUUGGCGGUAGCCGGAGUGGUAGUCGUUUCCUUAUGGGCGUACCGGAGGAGACGGAAUCCGACCAAUGGCGAAAUCGGGAAGGACACCCUCGGGAUGCCGGAGAUUUCUGCCGCUAUGGAGGAAGGGCAAAACGGGAAAUACGUGGCCGUGGACGAAGGGUUCGGGUUGGAACUAGAGGAUUUGCUAAGAGCAUCGGCGUACGUAGUCGGGAAGAGCAAGAGCGGAAUAGUGUACAAGGUGGUGGCAGGCGGCGGUGGUGGAAGAAGAUCUUCUUCCGGUGGUGGCACAACCGUGGUGGCAGUGAGGCGGCUAAGCGAAGAAGGCGACCCCGCGUGGCGGUUCCGGGAGUUCGAAGCCGAGGUCGAGGCCAUCGGGAGGGUCCAACAUCCCAACAUUGUUAGAUUGAGAGCUUAUUACUAUGCCAAUGAUGAGAAGCUUUUGGUCACUGAUUUCAUCUCCAAUGGCAGCCUGCACAAUGCUUUACAUGGUGGACCGGGCAUGACCUUGCCCGCGUUGCCUUGGGCGGCUAGAUUGAAGAUCUCCCAAGGCAUUGCUCGUGGGUUGGCCCACAUUCACGAGUGCAGCCCCAAACGCUACGUUCACGGGAACAUAAAGUCGUCGAAAAUCCUCCUCGAUGAGGACCUAAUGCCCUACAUCUCCGGGUUCGGGCUAACCCGCCUCUCCUCGACCCCAUCGAGGCUCACGAGCUCGUCCUCCAAAAAGACCGGCGGGUGCCCGAAACCCGAACCCCGCUCCUCGGUCCCACCCAAGUUGACGCAGAAAUGCGACGUCUAUUCUUUCGGGGUGGUGCUUUUGGAGAUCUUGACGGGUCGGGUGCCCAAUGCGGGACUCGCGGGCGACGGCAAGGGACUCGACGAGACGGUGAGGAGGGUUUUCGAGGAGGAAAGGCCAUUGUCAGAGAUCAUAGACCCUUCUCUUCUAUGCGAGGUCCAUUGCAAGAAGCAAGUGGUGGCGACGUUUCACAUUGCUCUCAAUUGCACCGAGAUGGAUCCCGAGCUUCGGCCCCGGAUGAGAUCCGUGGCUGAAACUCUGGAUCGCAUCGGGUUGCAGUGACAAGAAACCAUUUUCCUAUGUUAUUGGCUUCCUCUGGGGUUUAUUUUUGUACUAUAAUUUGGAUCAUCAAUGAGGAUGGUUCAAGAGUAUUGGGUGAAUUAGUGAAGAAGACCUGAUGGUGGAAUUGUAGGGUAAAUGAGAAAUAUUGACAUCAUCUAAUUUUUGAAGAAUAAUUAUGUUAUGCAAAG